UAGACCCAGAUCUAUCCUUAAAUGUUAGUGUGUUGUUUCAAAAUUCUACGGAGUUUGGAGAUGCUUUGCAAGAGGCAAAAGGAGUAAAAAAAUCGUGAAAAAUGGGUGCUGAUCAUCUGACCGUGGCUUGUCUUCUCAGCCAACUGCUAAGCAUGGUCGCCGAAGGUUCUGUGGAUGACUGGGAGCCGGAGUCGGUUGCUAACUGUUCCAAUCCGAUGACCGUACUGACAACCUGCGGCAGAUUCAGUGCCAAUGGAUGCUGUGCCAAGGGCUGUGUACGGAAUCACCGGGGCAGGUGUGUCCAGGAGCAGUGCAUGGACUCGUGGAGCAGCUGGCUAAAACGACCAGUGACCAUGUCUUGUUACUUCCACUGGUUUCUGCUGAUCUUCGCCGGGAUCAUUACCGCUCUGAUGCUGGCUCUGGUGGCGUGCAACGUGGCCUACGAGGUGAAGCGCUUCAUGCACCGCAGGAGCAUGGCCCGUUUCAGACGCUUCAGGGACUUGAGUGGCGGCUCCGUUGGAUCCACUCAGUGCUAGGACACGUGUGCGAACCCGGAUUUUAGACGGGACGGAUGGAGUGGAUGGGCCAGUGGGUGUAGGGAAGUGCCUGAGGGAUUUACCAUAAUCUGCAAUACAUUAGCGGCAGCUUUGCUCUGGCUUCCAA